AUGAUGAAAAUCACAAUUUAUUGUUUGUUUUUACUAUUAAAAUUUAUAAUUACAACAACAACAUUUAUUUAUCCUGAAGAUUUGGCAGAAAAUUUAUUAAAAAAUAUUAGUGCAUUUAAUUCUUCUAAAGAAAUUACCUUACUUUUCACCGGUGACACUCAAUACCACUUUCCCUGCGUUUCAAUCAAUCAGCAAUGCAAGGAAAGGAGUAAAAAUUGUUCUGCUCAAACAAACACAAAAAAUACAGUCAUCGACAUAAAGAUAGGGGCAAGUCCCACUAACGACUUAGUUUACGAGUCAACAACAAAACAAAGCGAUUUAUCCUUCCCUCCACCCAAUUGUGUAUUUAUUGAAUCUUCUUUUGCCAAUGAAAUACAGCGAAAAGCUAUUUAUAGACUUAUCCGAAUACUUGAAAGAAAUGGACAAAAACCUUCAGCAUUAAUUAUUAAUGGAGAUUUAACUAAUUUUGGACAUUCCUUUCAAUUAGAACUUUUUAAAAUAGAAUGGUUACAAACAAUCCCGAUUCCUUUAUUAAUUGGAUUAGGAAAUCAUGAUUAUGAAAAUAAUGUUGAUGAUUGUAUAGGGAAUAAUUGUGCUGACAGAAUGCUUCGUUGGUUUAGUGAAGAAUAUGUUCCCACAAUGACUAAUUUUUUUGGAGAAUUUGAUUUGGAGAAAAAGUCUGAGCUUUGGAGAUCUGAAUAUGAGGGAAGUCUUGCUUACACAGCAAAGAUAUGUUCAAAAUUAGAUAAUGGGUCUAAUUCUGAUUUUUGUCUUUACUCCAUUCAAUUGCAUAACAGACCUGAUUAUGCAACAUUAAUUAAAUUUCCUUAUGGUCAUUGGCAAAUACGCGGCUCUUUUCAUUGGUUGGGUGUUGAAUUGGAUAAAAUAACUGAAUUAUUAAAAAAUAAUGGACAAACAUCUGGGGUUGUUCUUAUUAAUUUACAUAAUCAUAGCGAUAAAGUGGCUGAAAGAUUGAAAAGAACAUUGGAAAAUUGGUAG